GCCCACAAGAACACAAGUGGGCUAAAUGCGUUGACGAACGAUUUCACAUUGAAUCUUCUAACCCUAAAAAAUCUUACCCCCUUUGCAAUCUUCGCCUCAAGAUAACACCACCUCCGAUCAAUCAUCCACUCUCUCUCUUUCGCUCUCUCUCUACAAGUUUAGUUUCUUCUUCUUCUUCUUCUUCUUAAACCUUCUCCCUUCUGGGAUUUAGGAGGAGAGAGAAGAAGAAGAUUCUGUCUUUCUUUCUUACAUACAUGAUAUUAGAUCACAUUUUCUUUCAUUAAUUCAUUCAUUCAUACGAUGGAGCACCAAAAUUCAGUCUCACUAGAGGAUUCUUACGCUUCGAUUCCGGUCGAUCCCUUCUUGGUUGAGGCUCUUCAGAACCCUCGUCAUCGUCUCACCAUUCUUAGAAUGGAACUUGACAUACAAAAAUUCAUCCAAAACACCGAAAAACAACACUUCGAGUUCCAACAUUUCCCAACGUCAUAUCUCCGUCUAGCGGCACAUCGCGUUGCACAACACUACGGUCUUCAAACCAUGGUUCUUGACAACUUUUCAGACGGUCAAGCACCCCGUAUUUUGGUCAAACGGUUAUCCGAAACUAAACAACCCGCAGUCUGCUUAUCAGAAGUACCUGCUAAAUUCUCAGAAAACGAUAAACACAACCAGACCAAAAUCGUGUUGAAACCGAGGCCGAAAUUGUUGUCGGAUGGAAUGAAUGUGGGUAUGAAAUCGAAUUCGGUAAAGACGGUUGAAGAACGAAAAGAGGAUUAUGAUCGGGCCCGGGCCCGUAUUUUUAGCCCGCAGUCGGAGGGUGUACCGUCAAGGACUAAUUCGGAUGGAAAGAGUUCGUGUAAUUUUAGUGGUGAUGAAAAUGACGGGAUUAAUAACCCGGUUAUUGACGGAAGUACUUCUUGUGUAGCGAUUCUUAGAGAUAGGGAGAAGGAUUUAACCGAUCCGGAUUAUGAUCGGAGUUAUGAUCGGUACAUGAGAAACUUGCCUGCAAAUCAAGGGUUUAACUUGUUACCUUUGACGUUACCGAAAUUCCAACCACCAUCCGUCCAAUACGAUCCUGUAAUCCCGCACAUAGGUCAACCCCCAAACGGCCAGAGUCAAACACCCGUUGGCUAUAGGAGCCCGGGUAUAAGCCCAUAUCCGGUUGUUGGAAUGAAUCACAUAUCACGAGAUGCUGUUUACAUGCAAUGGCCAACGCAUUCCAUGAUGUAUGCGCACACGUAUGAUCAGUUUAGACAUGCUGUUAUUCAGCAGGCACCAUUUUGUCAACAGCAGCCUUUAAGUUUCGAUUACUCGCAAAACCGUUAGGCUCACGCUGGAGCUAAAAGAUGGAUCGAUUUUGUUUUGUUUUGUUUUGUACUAGGAAAUCAUCUUGUUCCCUGUUUCAAAAACCUUUGUUUGAUUCAUGUUUUAAUACACUAGUACGGUUAUUAUGGCAAAUUCUAUUAUUCUUUCUA